AUGUCGCUCUGUUGGAUCGACAGCAAGGACAAAGGUCUCCAAGUCUUGAAAGGAAUCCACCGCUCAAAUUCAGGAGAAUCCUUAAGUCAGGACAGCACACUGAGAAGAGUUUUUCCUCACAACUUCCGAGAGCUGCUCUCAGACCCACCCCAGGAGACUCCUGGCUGGGACGGGCCUGGACGGGUCAGGGGUGAGUGUGGCCGGCGCGCUGCGCCCGAGGAGCUGCGGCCGGGGUCUUGUUCGAGGGCCGGACGGGGGUCCAGGGGCGCCUGUGUCCGCUGGCCCGGUGCUGGCCGGUACACGGCGGAGCAACCGGGACUUAUAGCCCUGAGGGUGGGUGCCGGCCGGUACCGCGGGAGGAAGCGACUGGCGAGGACGAGGAUCCUGAGGGAGGUCCAGAAAGCUGUGAACACUGCCCAGGGAUUGUUUCAGAGAUGGACAGAGCUCCUCCAGGACCCUUCCACAGCAACAAGAGAGGAAAUCGACUGGACCACCAAUGAGCUGAGGAACAACCUGCGCAGCAUUGAGUGGGAUUUGGAAGACCUUGAUGAAACCAUCAACAUAGUUGAAGCAAAUCCUAGAAAAUUCAACCUCGAUGCCACUGAACUGAGUAUAAGAAAAGCCUUCAUUACAAGCACGCGGCAAGUCGUCAGGGCUUAUUGUGCACCCAGGAGCAUGGGCACCAGUUGCUUUAUGAAGAAGUAUGAUGGGGCUGAGGCUGUAGCAAAGCAAGGUAAGCCACCACCCGCAGUACUGGCAGACCUUAUAGACACAAGCUCAAGUCCCAGCUGCCCCACUUCCCAUCCACUUCCCUGCUAAUACACUUGAGAAAGCAGU